AUGUUGCUGGUACUUUGUCUACCUGACGAAAUUGUCCUUAAAAUAUUUAAACACCUACCACCACAAGAAUGUAUUGAGAUUAUAACCAAUAUUCAAGACAUCCAUAUAGCUAAGCCGUUUGUGGACAAAUUGUAUCAGCGACUACUCAGUGGGAAGUUGUUGAUAACAAACGACGAACCCCAUCAACAGUUCCCAUCAGAUUAUCAACUAACACUAGAAAAGUUCCAAAACAAAUUUCAGGAUACAUCUGUGGAAGGGUUGAUAUUUCAGCUGAUACGUCCAAAUUAUAUGGAAUUCAACUUUACUAGACAGCAUGGUGAUUACAUGAAUUUUAUUUACAACUUGAAACAAUUCCACGAGCUAUUGAGGGACCCAAAUUGUCAGGACUACUUUAGAAAGGUGUUGCAAGUGAACAUGUAUCUCGAUGCCAACUUGGUUUUAAUCGAAAAUCCAGAUAAUUUAACAGCCAUAGUCAUCAAACUGGUAUUGGAAUUGAGUAACCACCCCGAGCUUGCAGGCAAGGUGAGGCAUUUGACUAUCAAGGCAGGUGAUAUAGGAAAUAUGUGUGUGCCACAGUGGUCUCUUUUGCUUCCAAAAUUCACUUCACUUGUUUCCUUGAAUAUGCUGCAGAAUUUGCUAAAAAGUAACUACGGACAAUACUUGGACGUUUGGGGUCGACAAAAGAAGUUCCCCAACGGUUUGAAACUUUUAAAUCUUGACUACAACAUGCUCACAUAUGUUUCUAAACAUUUUCUAUCAUGUCUCCCAGACUCUUUAGAGGAAUUGCUAAUGAAUCAGAACGACAUAGUGCUCAUUGAAAAAUGUGAUUUGAGAUUACUUCUACCGAAUCUACGAAGAUGGGAACUCAAUUAUACCAAGCUAAAUGUCAUAAACCCGGAGAUGAUAAUAUCAUGCAAAGCAGGAUUCACCCUAGAACUAAUAUCCACUUAUUUACCACAACCAGAUAUCAAAGAAUUACAAAGAAUAGCCAAGGAAAAGUCUUUACAUAUUAUAGUAUAG